UAAAUGAAUUUGUGAGGAUAUGUGACAUUUUUGAUCGUUUUAUUUGAUGAUAUUCAUUAUUAACAACUAUUAAUAAUCACAAAUCAAGCUUAACAUUAUUCGAGGUUUAUUCAUCAGGUAAAGGCGACGACGUCAUUCACAAUGAAGCAUCUUCGGAUGUAGAAGGGUUAACCAGGUUCAAUUGAUUGAUUGAUUGAUUUGAUGUUUAGUACUUUUGUAUAUACUGUAUAUCAUGAGUUCAGUCUCAACACAGAGAAUGGGAAAAACAAAAGAAAAGGGAGCUAAAACACAGCCUGUAACUCAAACAAAGUCAUCUCCAGAAGGGACAAAGAUUGCAGACAGUGUAAAUCCAAAAAUUCAGCCUACAGCUGAACAGAUGAGAAUUGCACAAAUUGUGAAUGAAGUUAACAAAUUAGAUCCGGAUUUAAAGGAAAAAGUGGAACAGGUUAUGGAGUUAACUGGAAAAUCAAAUGAUGAAGCAAUUGUUGCUCUUCAUGAUUGUGACGAUGAUUUUGCAAAAGCAGUAGUUAUGCUGUUGGAUGGUAAACAGAAUGAGGGUGAAUGGGAAUUAUCUGGUAAAAAGAAAAAGAAUCGUCAGACUUCAACAGUGAAAACAGCUGAAACAAAUGGUACUGAUGUCAGUCCAAGUAACAAAGAGAAUAGAGUACAAGGAGAGAGAAGUCGUAAUCGCGACACUAAACUUCGUGAAGGGUCUCGAAACAGGGGUGGUCCUCCCAGGUUGAAUAGGGGUGGGAGUGGUAGAAAAUGGCGAAAUAAAGAAAGUGAGAAAAAUGAACGUAAUUUAGAAGACAGACAAAGUUCAGAAGGAAGACAUAGAGGAGGACGUCGAGGCCGUGGAAGGGGAAAUAGAAGUAGAACAUUUCAAAAUCGAGUAAAUGAUAGCUUUCCACAGUCCAUAGACACGUGGACUAAUAGCACAGCAGAGCAAGCAGAUGCCAAUAAUACACCUAUGACAGUUGGUAAUUGGUCUGACUUCCCAUCUACUGAAGAUUGGAGUGAAGAAGAUUGGACAGAAAGUUUGACAGAAACUAAAGUUUUUACCCCAAGUGCCCUCUCUGAAUUACCCAAUAACACUGCCCCAGAGAUAGGACAAAGAUUGGAUUUAGCAACUUUGUUGCAACAAGCAAAUGUGAGAUCAGACAUUCCAUCGACUAAUCUCUCAGGAGAAUCUGUAAUGUCAGAAAAUCCUUCGCAAGUUGAUCACAAUCAGUACAGUUUUAGUCAGUAUGCUAAACAAGCUGCAGAAACAAUCAAAGCAGCUGUUGGUGUGGGAAGUGUAAUGAAUGGAAGUAGUGUAUCUCAUAGUGCAACGUCAGUCAGUGCCAAUUAUCAGAGUCCUUUUUCUGCAGCAUCACCAUUACCUAAUGGUCAAACACCUCUCAAUAGAAGUGUUGAGCAAUCAAAUAAUAAUUCUGUACAUGUAACAAAUUCAUCUCAGCCUCUUCCUCCAAGAUCGAGGACACAGAAAGCUAGAAUUCCACCUCCUUCUAAGAUUCCAGAAUCUGCAGUUGAGAUGCCAGAUGAUGCUAUUCAGUCUCUUGAUGUACAAUUUGGAGCUUUAGAAUUUGGAGCAGAUCCUGUAUCAUUUGAUUUUAAUACAGCAGAAACACCAUCAGCUUAUCCAGAAAGCCAUUCUAAUCAAUCAACAAAUAGUAACCAAAACACGCAGACUUCUACUUCUGUGACAUUGAAUAAAGAUACAAAUUAUACAAUGCCUUCACACAGUACAGAUGUGACAGGAAACAACACUUCACAUAGUUCAGCUGAAAAGGAUCAUUCUACCUCUCUGACAGAUGUUUCAAAAGUGACUGGAUCAGAUUCAGUUCUUCUGACAUCUCAAAAAGACAGAAGAGAAAUUAGUGGAAUCUCAGCAUAUGGAAAUUUAGCUGGACAAACAACCACCUUAGAUGGCACAUUAGAAAACAAUUCCUCUGAUAAUCCAACUGUAAACAGUUAUUCUGGUCACAGAAACAGUGCUACAAGUUAUCAAAGUCAAUAUACGGGGCAGAAAUCAUCUGUUCUAAAUUCUUCAAAUUUAACGCCUUCCAGUAACAGUUAUUCUAAUUCUCCAUUAUCUUCUCUAAAUAAUCAACAACAAAAUAGCUAUGUUUCUGUCCCACAAAGUCAAAAUUUUGCAGUUUCAACUUCCUAUGUAAUGGGUCAGUCUGCUUACAGUGGUUCUACACAGUCUUCAGGCAACAGCACUUAUCAUGGAUCACAAACUGCAUAUAAUUCUCACAGUGUUUCUGGAUAUGGUGUUUCAAAUUUUGCAAACCAACAAGGAUAUAAUAGUUCUGCGGCAGCAAGUUCUCAGCAGCCACUACACUCUUCCUCAAUUUCUUCAAAACUCGGUAGUUCUCUAAGUCAUGGUGUUAGAGAUGUACAACAUAAUACUGCUCAACAUAAUUAUGAAUUAAGUAAUGUCACCACAAGUGCAUUGAAUGUACCUGCACUUACUUCGGCAGUAGUCAGCAGUUGUGCAGGCCUAAUAGCAACUUCUGCAUUAGGAUUAAAUAGUUCUUCCUCGACCACAACAACAUCAGUUUUGAAGAAUUCUUUACCUGCAACAGGAAAAGUUAUGCCUAACAUCCCACCAGGUGUUCCAGCCAUGCUAGGACAUCAGUACAUAAUGGGUCAAGCAGGUUUACCAUUCUAUGGUUAUUAUGAUAUGCAAUUUCAAGCAUCAACAAGUAUGACUGGUCGUGAUCCUAAUGUUGGAAAUGUUGCAUAUACGGGUAUGACUGCAAAAUUUGCUGAUGUUAAAUAUAGUCGUGGUGAAACAGAAGUAGCAGCAGUAUCAACAGCAUUGUCUCAGGGUCAAUCAACACAGCCUCAUGGCCAGCCUUUCAUUAAUCCUGCACCUCUACCUCCUGGAUAUGGAUACUAUUUCCCUGGAGGAAUGAUGGCAGGGGGCAUCCAUCAUUAUGCUCCACCUAUUUUUCCACUUAAUUCGGUCUCACCUGCAACAAAUGCCCAUGGAGCAUCUCCAAAUGCCCAAUUUCAGAAACCCACUGGAUAUGGUUCCCAUUCAUAUAGUUCAGUUGGUUAUGAAAGUCUGACUCAAGCACAAGAUUUUGCCAAAGGUACUUAUGGUUCUGGAUCUCAGAGUCAAGGGAAAGGAGUUUCAGCAGGAUCGCCUGACAUCUCAGCUGCCGUGUACAAUAAAAAUCAUGCACAGCUAGCCAAGUCGUAUGAGAAGCCUGGAUUUCAUGCUGGAACUCCUCCACCCUUCAACCUAGCCGGUAGUCAGACAACGGGUCCCCUCGGCGUCUCUUCUGCUCCGUACGCCGCCACUCCAUUCAUUCCGGUUCUGGCCCACGGACAACAUCAUUCCACUCUGCUCCAUCACCAUCUUCAGCAAGAUCCCGGCCAUCCUCCGACCGGACCACAGAGAAACACACUCAGUCAGCAGAAGGGACCCGGUGGCAAUAAGCAGAACUUUGCAUAUUGGAGCAGUAAUUGAAUAUUUCUUACUUGCACCCAGACACUACAAGUUGGUGAUCACAUACAUUUGUCAGCAAGUAUUGGUAUUGUGUUUAUCGAAGGCAGUAUGUACCAUUUUUAGUAUCUGUCAGGAGUUUAUUGGUGCUUUUCAUUAUACAUUGUGGUGUCUGGUGAGGGUUUGAAUUUUUUGCUGUGAAUGUAAGCAUCGUGACAAAGAAUAUGUUGCCCUUAUUUCUAUAUGCUAGCCAAGUUAUUAUAUCGAAAAAUGUGUAUUAGGAACAUUAACUGUGUGAAAAUAUUUUGUGUGGUACAGGACCAUCAUGUAACUGUGAUUUUUAUUUUGAAUGACAACAUGUAAUAACACAUCCACUUUGUAUAUUUAUUUGGGUAUUUUUACAUCUAAAUUGUUAUCUUGUUAAUAACAUUAGCAUACUUUACUAUCUUCAAACCUUUUGCGUGUAGCAAGUAGCACAACCAAAUGUAAUAUUAAAAAACGUUAAAACUUUACUUGGGUGUGGAGAAAAUACAAUUCUGUAUUUUAUAUGACAGAAUUAAACACUAUUAAUUGAAUCCCCCCAUUUUCCACGAAAAAGAUUCCAUGCUUUAUUCGGUGUGUGUUGUGCUGUGCACAUAUACAAAUUAUUGGAAUUAAUGUACUAGUGGAAUUACACCUUACCUAGAAAUUAGUUUUUUUGACAUAUUACCUUAUAAUCUGGAUAUUUUCCCAUAGCAUGAAAGAUGUGUGUGUCGUUCAUCAUGUUUUUUUUCCUUUGCAACUAUCAUGUACAGAUUAUGUAUCAUUUUAUUUUUUCUCUGUUCUUAACGGAGUUCCUACUCAAACUGUAAGUCAACAGUUUGAUAUUGGUAAUUUUGUACCUUUCCCAUCAUAUCACUUUCUGAUGGCACAUUUUUUUCUAAAAUGUGCUCAUUUCUGCAGAUUAUGAUGUACAUAUAUACAUAUAUAUAGCCAGACGAGUGGUGUUUGGUAAUAUUCUUACAUGUGACUUAUAUAAUGUCCUUACGAUAUGUUCCCUAAUAAACUGCCUUGGUACUCUUCU